UCUGGAAGCAGGAUUCGGCCGGACCGUCUUAAGGGCUGAUGAGAAAAGGGCUGAGGGGGAGGAGGAAAAACUGGUAACCGGAGGGAGGGGGUGGUCGUGUUUCUCCUCCUCCUCCCUCCCCGACCCCCGGUCUCUAUUUCGCGACGCGACUGCUGCCACUUCUCUGUGGGGGUUGGAGAGAGGUGAGAAAUGAGGUUCUAGUAGAAAAAUGGGGCAGCUUCCCAAUUCCUGAACCCCAAAAGGUGUUGGGUCUGAGUCUAGCCAUGGAAUGCAACUUUCCAGAAGGAACCUCUAGUAGGGGUCGUUUGCCAUUGUCCACUUUUGAGAGGAUAGCCAGGUGGCGAAAAGCUAGACCUGAAGCUAAGGAGGAGGGAACCCCUGUACAUCUUCUGGAGCCCCUGGAUAGAGGCAGAACCUCACCCUCCUUACGUGAGGAUGAAAAGUGGUCACCCAUGAAGAGGCAGCGGCUCCAACAAUGCUCCCUGUCAAUGGUGGAAGAAGGCAGGGAUGCUUGUGGUGAGAUGGGAGAGACCCUGUGGCAUGUGGCAUCUCCCAUGGAGAAGAAACAGCGAAAGGUGUUGGCUAUUGAUGUAGAAGACUUUUCCACAACCCAAGUGCCUGAGAUUCCACAAAGACGCUCCCUUUUACAAAGGCCUGCCUUGUUUCCUUCCCAAAAACCCCUCCAGGUCUCAUCUGGGAAUGAGACCAAAGUUUCCUGGCCAAGAAACAGACAGAAUAGCACUGUGUGCAGAUCCCUUCUGCCUAAGGUAGGUUCUCGGCUCUGCCAGGAACCUCAGGCUCACACAUGCCGGAAGUUGGGGGACCAAAGACUCUACCCCCCUCACUGCCGUGAGUCAGAGCGCCUGCAAACCAAGAGGCAGCGCCUGCAGAAUGGAGUCCCUCUAAUAAAUGGGAGAGAGGGGAUACGGGCCACCCCAGAAGAGGAGGCUCAUCAGUCAAUCCCCGCUUUGGAGGAUUGUCAGUUGACCGAAGCCCAGCAGGAUGCUGGCGUUGGCCAGGAACGUCUGGAGAACUUUCCAUCUCCUUGCAGGAGUGAUCAGCAGGAAUUGCCUCAUCAGUCAUCAAGCAUGGAAACACCAGUGCCUUCAGAUCUACACGACCAGGAGCAUCACACAGGUCCAUCCUCUGAAACAUCCAGACCUACCUCGGCUUCGACUCUCUUGCGUCCGUCCAUUGUCCCGCGUUUCAGGCCCUGGGGCUUGGCCCCAGUCUUCCAAAGCAUGCGUUCGAAACUGGAAGCCUUUGCUGACAUCUUCCUCAGCCCAUCCAAACCAUCCCCGCCACCUGCUGAAAGAUCUCCACCCCCAUCACCACGUCCUCCAGCAAAUGCGGACGAAGUGGCAACAACUCCACCAGCCACCCCUCGUCCGGGAGUCAAAAUUGAAGUGAAAAUCGCCAUUUCUGAACCACGCCCCCGCAAGAGGAGCUCUUGCCAUGAAGAAGAGAAAGAAGAAGCUGACCACCUGGUGGUGAGCGGGAGGCCCCCCAUCCGCCAGUGGCGCUUGAGCCAAGGAGAGCCGGCUCCACAGCCCCACCUUGGACGUAGCUACUCCUGCCCUGAUUUUCCUAGAGCCUGUUCUUGGCAAAACAUCUCUUCAGUGCUUUCUCCUUUGCCGCAGCUGCGGCAACGCCGACACACGGUUUGCAGUCUGGAAGUAUCUCGAGAACUGGACCGUCCCACGCUGCCCUGCCUGCGUAAGGAAGUGUACCCCUUCAGCAGUCCCCCUGCUCGCCUCUUGCCACGACCCUUGGUUCAUACUGCCCACUGUGAUCCAUCCUCCUACUCUUCCCUGACACCAUCCUGCUGUCAUGAACCUGACCCAGUUCAUUCCAGGAACGCCUCCCUCUCCCCAGACGGUGGGCAAAAGGUACCUGCGGUUGGCCUGGGCAUGGUUGCAUCAGAGCAGUUGAUGCUUUCAGAAGAUGAGAUGAAGGGAUCUCAAGAGAACACAGAAGGGAAGGUGUCCUGCAUAAGAAUCCGCAAGAGGCCAGCCAGGCACCAAGUCAAUCUCACCCCCAUGGGGCUUCCCCGUCCAGUCAGGCUGAAGAAGGAGGUGUUCAGUCUGGAGGAGAUCUACACGAACAAGAACUAUCAUUCACCUAAGGAGAAGAGAUUAUUUGAGACCAUAUUUGAGGUACCACUGGAACGCAAGGGAGCCCUUGUCUUCACCAGCCAACGCAAGCUGAAGAGGGCAAUAGAGUUCCGGGAGGUGGGCCUUCCCCACAAGCAACGCAAAACCCGCCUCCGGAAGGGACGUAGGGCAAAGGGAAAACAGGCCCAGCCCCAGUCUGCUAAACUGGAUGAGAUGCUACAGCAAAAACUGGCUGAACUGGAUGCCCUGUCUGAGGAGGAAGAGUGUUGACCCGAGUCUACAGUAAAAUAUCUACAGGAGCCCUUUCCUUCUCAUCUUUUCCCUUUCCCCAAAGCACCUAUUCCUCAAACUACUCAUGAAUUGUCUAAUAUUUUUCCCCCAAGCACCAAGUCACCCUGAGCACUCCUUGACCCUCUUUUUUCUCCAUGUCAUCCCGACCUCUUGAUCUCCAGUGACAGAUGUUUCAUCAUCCAGGGAUCCUAGGUUGUCCUCCAAACCACAGACAUUGUUCUUACGAACGUGGGUCUGGAUGUCACCCUGCAGCCUCCCUCAGCUAACUUUCCUCCUUGCCUGAUGCUUUAUUUUGCCAGUCCCCUUUUUCUUGGCUCACCAGUCUGAAGAACUGGGUGAGGUCCAAAAAAUUGGUGGUGUCCGUUCCUCGCAUUCUGCUUCCAACGCACAAUCAGACUCUCAGUGCCUGAGUUAGGGAGAGGAUGUGAAUCAUCUGAUCUAGCACAGCAAGGGAUGCAUCCAACUAUGUGGACAUGAGGUUACUCAUUUUCUAUGGCUGCCAUCUUGACUAAACCAGAAAACCCAUUGACUGCAAAGGGAUGAUAGAAGAGAAAGAGCAAAACCAGGCUUGUAAUGGAGCAGGGGAAAAAAUGGAAGGGAAGACGUGUCAAGAAACUCAGAAAGGAUUGUUAAAACAUAAAUGGCUGUGAAUCCUGUUUCAGUAUUCCAAGUUUGGAUAGACUUACUGGGGUUUUAUUGAGGUAUAGCGGGGUGGGAUGGGGGAGUUGUUUGCAUUUUUGUAUUAAUCUAUAUUUUUAAUAAACUUUUCUGCUUGGGUGGAAAAACAUUA